ACCCUCCCUCUCCAUGGCGACAGCCCUCCGCUCUGCGCACGUCCCGUCAUUUAAAUAAAAUGGGCAAAACGCUGUUUCUGCCCAAUCUGCGAUCCAGAGUGACGUCACGGAACAGGCGAGGACACAAAACGAGUUGGCAUCGCGCGCGGCAGGGCAUACGAACCAAGACAGAGACGUGAACGGUGGUGGAUAUAAAACAUAAAAAACCAAAUCGCCGAGGGCUGACAUUUUAGGAGAGAAGAACCGAGAACACUAACCACUUUCGGUUUCUUUUUUAGGUAAUGGUCGCCACCAAAUUUUGAGAGUGCUGCGCAUAAACAAAUCGGGAUUUUCCAUUGGGAUUCUCCGUGUUUAACAUGAUGAAGAAGGAUAUUAACUUGAGCCUGGCGGAUGACGCCAACCUUAAGCCACAUCUGCGCGAGGCGGAGAGUAUCUUGAAUUCCCCGGACCUGGGGCUUCUCAAACUGGCCUCCCCGGAGCUGGAGAGGCUCAUCAUCCAGUCCAACGGGAUGGUCACGACCUCGCCGACCACCCAGUUCCUUUACCCGAAGACGGUCACCGACGAGCAGGAGUUCGCCGAGGGAUUCGUCAAGGCACUGGAAGACUUGCAUAAGCAGAACCAGCUAAAUGGGGGGGCGUGCGUCCAGAACAACAUGGAUAUGGGCACCAAUAUUGCCCCGGUGAAUGUCCAGCCGGACCUACCGGUUUACACGAACUUGAACAGUUACGGGAGCGGGCCAUUGGGGACCACCGUCAACUACACCACGGACACCGUCACCUUUCCACCUCCUCCGUCGCAUCAUCACAUGGGGGGGACCCCGCCACAUCCGCCGCUGUCAAGGGUCCAGGCACAGAAGGAUGAGCCCCAAACGGUUCCCGACGUCCAGAACUUCGGCGACAGUCCCCCCCUUUCGCCCAUCAACAUGGACUCCCAGGAGCGUAUCAAAGCCGAGCGGAAGAGGCUGCGCAACCGGAUUGCCGCUUCCAAGUGUCGGAAGCGCAAACUCGAGCGAAUCUCUCGGCUAGAGGACAAAGUGAAGUCUCUGAAAAGUCACAACUGCGACCUCGCGUCCACGGCCAGUGUGCUGCGGGAGCAGGUGUCCCAGCUCAAACAGAAGGUGCUCUGCCAUGUCACCAGCGGUUGCCAGCUGCUGCCGCAUCAGGUGCAGGUCCACUAGCCGCCUGCGGGUCCAUCUUGCGGCGCGACCAGCAUAUAAGCUUUUCUUCUAGACUUUUCAGCUUGAAUGACAUGUAGGUCUACACAUAGGGCCGAAGUGUUUUUGUACAUUUGCCAGGACUGAGGUCUACGACUACACAGAUCACCCAAACCUGGACAAAAUCGCAAAUGACAUGUGUGUUAUGUCCCCGUUUGUUUAAUUUAUGUGUAUUUAUAUGUGCCCAUUUAUGAUAUGAGGUAUUCACAUAUUUGCCAUGUUUUUUCUGUAGUCCUGUGUGAUGCAAAAUGUGUAUGUUGUUGACAAACCUUAAUGUUGUCAUUGGGCGCAGGGUAUCAGUGUUAGUUUUUUUUGCACUUAUCUGUUACAAAAAAGUGUUUAGUUGUUUUGAAUGUGAAACAUUGUCAUUUUUCUAUGAACUUUUCUUUCAAUUAUAUUGAUGCAUCGCGUUUUGUUCUAAUAAUAAAGUUGCUUGGUAAAAACAACAACUAGGUCCCUUGCCAGACACAUUUGUACUUAGUAAAGUGUUUUAUUUUUAAAGAAUAAGCUUUACGUUGUGUUUACGGACUCGGCAUUGUGGUUGUUGGAUAACAGGCUAAAAUGCCAGUACUUUUGGCCACACAUUUGAUGUCAUACCUACGUACCUAAAGAUUUCCGUCGAUGAUCAAAGCUGGAUCAUCGUUCACAUGUGAAUUCGGGCUGGAAGUCGGUGGUCUUCAAAUACCAUUUGCCCGCCGCUGUCUAGUAGCCUACUCUAUAUUACUGUGUUGUCUACCGCCCUCUGUCGACUGUUAAAUAAAUGGAAAUAGAAAUAUAACACAUAAUUAAUUGAUAAUCAGACCAACCGAUACAGCGCGUUCCAUUAAUGGUGUUGUUAAUGGAUAACAAAUGGUUGGAUGCAAGAGCAAUCUUGUAAAUCUCUCUAGAGACUGGGCUCUAGUUUACACACACACACACACACACACACACACACACACACACACACACACACACACACACACACACACACACACACACACACACACACACACACACACACACACACACACACACACACACAAACACACACGUACACACGUACACACACAAUUGCCCCACAAGUUGUGAAACUUUUACAAACUAUUGUUAUAUCUUAUCUAUCAAAUAUGCAAUGCAUUCGGAGCAGUAAAAGAUGGUUAGCGUUCUUGCAUACCACACACCAGAUUGGACAGGCAGAUUGAAUCCAGUAAAUUUAGCACUGGAUAUACAUUUGUGACAUCAAAUCAACAUGUGACAACAUGUCACCAAAUAUAUCAUGCAACACUACAUGUGAUAAAGACGGGCUCGUAUGGCUAAGUAGGAGUUUGAUGAAUCUAGAACAUAGAAUAUGGAUGAAUGAAUCAUUAUUUCAUUGACUACACGUCUAGAAUACCAAAAUGCAGCUUUUUUCGAAAAAAAUAUAUUUUAACAACACAACCUUUAUUUUUUUGUUAAAUUAUUUUUCCACAACAUAUAGAGCAAUUUGCUUUAGUUAUUUCAACAUUUCAACACUUUGACACAAUAUUCCCUUCAUAUAGGCUACUGCAUAAGAGUUCAUUCCACACAAUAGAAACAUGUACAAAUCAAAUGUAAACCAUGUCAACAGUACCUGCGGGGAGGACAGUAUCGAUGGAUGAACAAUGGAAAACAACAAAGAAACAUAGACUUCCUUUCUCUGCUCGUUUCUUUUUUUUUUACGAUAAUAAACGAGUUUGCCAUUAAUUAUUCAACUUUGAAGUGAAGCAUUUGGGCCUAUUGGUAGGUGUUUGUUCAUGUUGGCUGCUUCCUCUCAUUUUGGUUAGUUCCCCUACAAUAUCGAUUUUUGUGAUGGGUCACCAAGCCAACGUUGAAUGGGUCACCAAGCCUACUCUCAAAGCAGGAGAUAUGAACUCGACCUUUUCCGCCCAACAUGUCCUUCUUACCUUUUGUCUCCUAUAAUUCCCAAAAUACAUGUCCUUACUGAAGUACAAUACACUCUGAAUGCGUUUUCUCUCUUAAAGGUCUUGCAGGUAAAGGUCUUGAAAUAAAGCUUAUGCUUUGCAUGCCCCUGAUGGCUCUGCACGAUGUGAAUUAGAACUUUUUGGAACCACGACAGCAUCACUUCUGUAGGUCUCGAUUGAUUACGAUGGUUCCAACUUUGAAUGCAAUCUGUGUAAAUGUUUUUGGUUUUGUAAACAGGUGUAAUGUGACCUGAAAUACAAUUCUCCUUCAGGGAAUAGUAUAGGCUGAUAUAUAAACUAUGAUGCAGGAUAUUAUUUUGAAAGCAGCACUACUCCCCCCCCCCCUUUUAUAAAUAAACUCAGAACUUUUGAAAACAAA